GGCGCCGGGCUGCCGCGUCGGGUCGCGAGUCCACACCGCUGCCUGGACCGGCCCACAGGCAAGAGGCGGAGGCCCAGGAGUCAUGGGGGACUGGGGCUUCCUUGAGAAGCUGCUGGACCAGGUCCAGGAGCACUCCACCGUGGUGGGCAAGAUCUGGCUGACCGUGCUCUUCGUCUUCCGCAUCCUCAUCCUGGGCCUGGCAGGCGAGUCCGUGUGGGGUGACGAGCAGUCCGAUUUCGAGUGCAACACGGCCCAGCCAGGCUGCACCAACGUCUGCUAUGACCUGGCCUUCCCCAUCUCCCACAUCCGCUACUGGGUGCUACAGUUCCUCUUUGUCAGCACGCCCACCCUGGUCUACCUGGGCCAUGUCAUUUACCUGUCUCGGCGGGAGGAGCGGCUGCGGCAGAAGGAGAAGGAACUUCGGGCUCUGCCAGCCAAGGACCCCCGCAUGGAGCGGGCCCUGGCUGCCGUGGAGCGGCAGAUGGCCAAGAUCUCCGUGGCGGAGGAUGGCCGCCUGCGGAUUCGAGGGGCGCUGAUGGGCACCUACGUCACCAGUGUGCUCUGCAAGAGCGUGCUAGAGGCGGGCUUCCUGUACGGCCAGUGGCAUCUCUACGGCUGGAACAUGGAGCCCCUGUUCGUGUGCAAGCGGCCGCCCUGCCCCAACCUGGUGGACUGCUAUGUCUCACGCCCCACAGAGAAGACCAUCUUCAUCAUCUUCAUGCUGGUGGUCGGACUCAUCUCCCUGGUGCUCAACCUGCUGGAGCUGGUGCACCUGCUGGGUCGGUGCCUGAGCCGGGGGAUCAGGGAGCGGCAGAGCCAGGAGCCCCCCCCGGCACAGGGUGCCUCUGCAGAGCCUUACGCUGACCAGGUCUUCUUCUACCUCCCCAUGGGCGAAGAGCCCUCGUCCCCACCGUGCCCCACCUACAAUGGGCUCUCGUCCAGUGAGCAGAACUGGGCCAAUCUGACUACGGAGGAGAGGCUGGCUUCUUCCAGGCCCCCCCUCUUCCCAGACUCACGCCCUCAGGGUGACCAGAAAUCCCCCAGUCGCCCCAGCAGCUCUGCUUCCAAGAAGCAGUAUGUAUAGAGGUCCUAGAAGUCUAGCUGCCUGGGAUGCCCCUUCUAGAAAUCUGUGCAGGGAUGACUGGGCCUGACAAAGGCAGUGCCUGACGAAAGCAGGUGCUGGCUGGCCAAGGGGCCAAGUGGUUCUUGGAAAGCCUUGUGCCUUCCUGGUGACCAGAGGGCACUAUGGUUCCCCUUCAUGGGGUGGCUUUGCCCCGAGCACAGAGCCAGCUUGAGGUGCUCCUGGCCAAGGGUGUCGUGGGUCUGCCUGCCUUUUUUACUGGUUCAGAGAGACCUGGAGCCACUUUCCCCCACCUCACCUCGUGGCCCAUCCACCUCUUCCUUGAUCGCCCUCACAACCUGUCCUCACAGGGAAAGGCAGGUAGAGGCUGCAGGGCCAGCCUUGAUGGCAGACAGACAGCCUGCGCCGGCCCUGGCCUGUAAGGGCCCUUGAUCUCCGAUCUCCUUGGGGUCUGAUCUCCUCCCUCUUUCAUAGUUCCGCUGUUUAUGCUUCUAAAAUAAACAGGAACUUA